CCUGUGCUCAAUGUUGUUUAUUUUUUUAUAGAUUUUGCCGGAAUAAGAUUUUUAACAUGUAUUAUCGUUGAUUACCAACAUUAUUAUAUAAUAAAACUGUGUAUUCCAUAAAUUCUCAGUUAGAGUAAUGGAAAAUAUCGACGAGAAAAAUCGUAAACCACGAAGAACAAAAGGAACACCUUCCUAUUACUACAGAAAUAGAUUUGCUGCAGGGGGUAUAUUAGCGGGGUGCCUGAUUUUUGCACUGUGGACUUAUACCCCAAUACAUAAAGUAGCCACGGAGAAAUUUAUUCGAGAAUAUUUGGUAAUUACUGAGGAAGAAAAGGACCGGAAAUUCACAUUUAAUUUUGGUGCUGCGCCCAGAACAGCGAGAUCCAUACAAGAAUCUUUGGACGAAAAGAAGAAACUUUUCUCAGAGCGUUAAUAGCGUGGGAUGCAAUUUCCAUGUACUACGUAAGGGCGGAACUAUGGACCGAGCAACGCGAAAGGCAAAUUUAAAGAAACUGCAAUUACCCGGAACAACAGGCCUAAGUCAACGGUAUGCAAACUUCCAUGUUUCCUCUAAGUCGUAUAUUAAUAUGUAGUUAUAGUUGAUGAGUACCUUAGCCUUUUGCAAAUAAAUGUUCUGAAAUUUAAAAUGAAA